ACGAGUCACGUGACUUGGCCUUGAUAGGCGACUGGAGAGUAACUCCUCUUGCUUUGCAAAGUUGAUUAUUUGAUACAAAAUAAAAAUGGUGGUUACGGGUUUCUACGUUGACUAAUUCGUAACUGAAAUAACCAAAAUUUUAACGGUUGUGAUAAAAUUUCUCAAAGAGUUCAAAAUAUGUAGUGCAAAGUAAUCUUGUGUACUUAAAUAAAAUCGAAAACUGUGUAUGAAGACGUGUUAUGGGCGGGUUUCGAGACCAUUUGGAUUGUUUAUUAUGUUUGCCAUUGCGCGGAAUUGUAUAGUAAAUUAGAUAAAUUAAUUAUUUCAAUUAGUCCGUCGACGUACAACGAGUUAGUCUGCUCUAAAAUACUAAAUUUUCUAGUAGUGUCCCGGUACGAAAGAUAGAUGCAACAUGUGACCCUGUUUGACAUUAGUGCAUUCAUCAUCCCCCUUGACGUUCAAUUGUUUCAACGAAAUGUUGUCUUAUCGGUCGAUAAGGGUUUUUUAUUGGUUUAUAGAAUUAGUGACUCAAUCAAAUUGACAGGAAUGAUGAUUAAUCAAUGUGGAAAAACUAUAGGAACUUUUAGAGGAUUAAUAAACAUUGAGGAAUCAUGAAAUUGAAACCAUCAAAAAAGCUGAAAAAACUGAAAACUACCAAAGAUGUUUACUGAAUCUGAUAGUGUUUUCUCAACAAUACCCAUCAAUCAAUCAUGAUGCAUAGCACAGAAAAUAAUCGAUAUAUUGUCCAGGUUUACGUAGGUGCCCUUUCAGCACUCUAUGAAGCUUUGUCAGUUGAAGCUAGUAAGCAGACGACAUCUGAAGAGAUAGUCUCUUGCAUAGUUGAUAGGCUAUCUCUAAUGCAUGACAGUGCUUCAUAUGAACUAGCCGAAGUGAUAGGUGAUGAUUUCGGACAGGAAUGUAAAGAAAGGAGCCUUUCACCUCACGAGAGUCCUGUACAACUUAUGAUGUUAUGGCCAAAACAUAGACCAGAUCACUCUUCAUACAGAUUCUAUUUGAGGGAAAAAGUAAAUGAUUAUGCAUGGAGGGAUCAGUUUGUGAUGGAUCCUCAGCUCAUAAAGGAUUAUUUUCAUAGAUUCCUGUAUCAGCCGAAAGAUAGGGAAUAUCCUGAUUUGUGUCAACUGCCAGAUCUUAACGAACAAACGUUGCUUGAUAAUUUGAGAGCAAGAUUUGUAGCAGGACACAUUUACACUUACGUCGGAUCUAUUUUAAUAGCCUUAAACCCGUUUAAAUUUUAUCCGAUAUACAAUCCUAAAUAUGUGAAACUAUAUCAGAAUAGGCGUUUAGGACCUAACCUGCCUCCACAUAUAUUCGCGGUAGCAGAUACAGCUUACCAUUGUAUGUUGAAAGACAGAAAAAAUCAAUGUAUAGUUAUUAGUGGUGAAAGUGGUUCGGGAAAGACUGAAAGUACUAAUUUUUUGUUGCAUCACCUAACUGCGUUAAGUCAAAAGGGAUCGCACGGUAGUGGAGUUGAACAAACUAUUUUAAGUGCUGGUCCUGUUCUAGAAGCUUUUGGAAAUGCCAAGACUGCUCAUAAUAAUAAUUCAAGUCGAUUUGGAAAGUUCAUUCAAGUCAACUAUAAAGAAAAUGGAAUGGUUCAUGGCGCUGUCGUUCAAAAGUAUCUUUUGGAAAAAUCUAGAAUAUGUUCGCAAGGACGAUAUGAAAGGAACUAUCAUGUAUUCUAUUAUUUACUUGAAGGCGCGAAUGAGCAAGAGAAACAACAACUUCAUCUCAAACGCCCUGAUCAAUACUAUUACCUAAACAAAUCCUGUAGUGCCUUGGACAAUACGGACGAGAGUUACGAAUUUUCGAGAUUAAAGCAGUCCAUGGAAAUGGUGGGCUUUACCACCGAAAAACAAAGGAGGCUUUUCUCGGUCUUAUCGGCUGUAUUGUUACUUGGAAAUGUCGAAUUUCAACCAAGAAAAUCCGCUUACCACCAUGAUGAAUCUGUUGGAGUUAAAAAUCCGGAAGUUGUGUCACUAAUCUCGGAGUUGCUCAGGGUUAAACAGGAAACUCUGAUGCAAGCCUUGACAGCGAAACGUGCCCGUGCCUCAGGAGAGACACUUGUGAUUAAUUACCGUCUUCCUGAAGCGAUAGCAUCCCGAGAUGCCAUGGCGAAAUGUCUGUAUGGAGCACUUUUUGACUGGAUAGUUCUUCAGGUUAACCACGCACUCUUAGCAAAGAAAGAUACACUUCGGGAACACCAAGGUAAUUCAAUCGGAGUCCUGGAUAUAUUCGGAUUUGAAGAUUUCGGUUUAAAUAAUAGUUUUGAACAACUGUGUAUUAAUUACGCCAACGAACAUCUACAAUAUUAUUUUAAUCAACACGUUUUUAAAUAUGAACAAGAAGAAUAUAGGAAAGAAGGAAUCAGAUGGACGAACAUAGAAUUCAUGGAUAAUACAGGAUGUUUACAAUUAAUUGAAGGCAAACCAAAUGGUUUGAUUUUUCUUCUAGACGAUCAAUGCAACUUUCCUGGUGCUACAAACGAAACCCUUUUGCAAAAAUUCAACACAGUUCAUAAAGAUAACAAAUUCUACCAAAAGCCUCAAAAGAAAGAAGGAGCCUUCAUUAUUGUACACUAUGCCGGCAAAGUAAAGUAUCAGGUAACGGAUAUGCGCGAAAAGAAUCUCGACUUGAUGCGUCAAGACAUUGUAGGAGUGUUAAAAAAUAGUUCUAUGGCUUUCGUAAGAGAAUUAGUGGGAGCCGAUCCGGUGGCUGUGUUUAGGUGGGCGAUCGUAAGGGCCUUCUUUAGAGCUUAUUUUGCCUUUCAUGAAGCAGGCAGGAAGCAUAGACAAGGAAGGGUGGAUGGAAAUAAAAAUAAUAUACAACAGAGGUAUUCGAGAAAUCAUAUACCGAAUGAAAAUCUUAUUAGUAAACAACGAAACACCGUCGUAUUUAAUCGAUUGGGUCGAAACUUAGACAACGAAUCAUCCAACAACAAUAGGCUAUCGUGGCCUCAACUUUACCAACGAAACAGACACAGCAGCGGAAGCAGUAAAAAUAAUGAUGACGAUCGAAGAAGAAAGGAUUCGUUAACAGGAAAUACUAGUUCGUCAGUUGGGCUAGAAAGGUUGGGCCCGGAUGAGGCUAGAGCUAUACAAAGGGCGAAUCAGAUCGUUAUGAAAAACAAAUCAUUCCGGCCACGAGAACGUAGUAAAAAAGGACUGAAGAAUCUACAAACGGUUAAAACGUUAGUAGGUAGAACUGGCAUCACUGCUCAACCUCAAGGCCAAUUAGGAAAAGCGAGGAAACAACCGAUGACAGUUACCGCUCAAUUUCAACAAAGUUUACACUCACUCAUGGAUACUCUGAAUCAGGCUAAUCCUUUUUUUAUUAGGUGUAUUAAAUCAAACGGCAAUAAAAUUCCUAAUACAUUUGACGAACAAACAGUACAAAGACAACUACGGUACACCGGUAUGCUCGAAACUGUCCGCAUACGACAAGCAGGAUUCAAUGUUCGAUUAACUUACGAUGAAUUCAUUCAACUUUAUAGAAUACUCCUUCCGAAAGGUUUACUCAGCUCACAAAUCGAUGUACGGGACUUCUUAGCAACUUUAAAUCUCAACAGGGACAAUUAUCAGUUGGGAAGUACAAAGGUGUUUAUGAGAGAAACUGAGAAAUAUAAAUUGGAUUGUAAACUUCACCAACAAAUUAUGUCAAGCAUUGUAACUUUGCAGAGGUGGUUUAGAGCAUGUUUAGAAAGAAGAAGAUUUUUAAGAAUUAGAACUGCUGUGAUAACUCUUCAGUCGUACUGCAGGAUGUACAUUGUUCAGAAAUACAUAAGGAGACUGCAAGCCGUACUGAAGAUACAAAAGUAUUGGAGAGGAUACAAGUGUAGAAGUUGGUUACACAAAUUAAAAACAUCUCUAAUAGUCGUUCAAGCUCAUUGCAGGGGUUUCAGAGUGAGGAAAAUGAUAAUGGAAAUGAAAAUGAAGGGAGAAAUGGCCCCAAAGAAACCUCCAAUUGUUAGUGCACUUCCAACCCACUUACAGGUGAAACAUGGAAGUUCAGACGAGGCAUUCGUUAGUAAAGAUUCUAGUCUAGAAGAAGUGCGUCCGGAACAAACCGAUAAAAAAUUCUUGGAUUCCGAUGAAAGCAGUGGUGUGCCAGAAGAUGACAUUGACACAUCUACUCACCCGAAAAUAAGCUUAAGGUCAACGGUAUCAUUACCAAGCGUAUCAACUACUGUACCUGCUGGCUAUUAUCAUCAUCAUUAUGUCAAUAACUCCGGAAAUUAUAGGUUUGAGGAACUAAAACCAGAAAAGAUUACCCUAGACGCGAUACGAAAGAAAUCUUCAAAAUCUCAUCAAACAAUUGAUUACUCUGAUUUAGAAUAUACUCCUCAACGGAAGGGAAGUGGGGAUUCUCUAGGAUCUCAACGAAGUUUGGAAUCUCAACAGAGCUCUGACUCUCAUUCCAGCGUCACGGUCCGAGAGUUGCACAAACAGGAACCGCCGACAUUAGAUAAACAGUGGUCAUCGUCAAGUACUACUAGUGAUCCAUUUUCAGAAGGAGGAGCAUCUCAAUCAGCGCCUCCAAUACUUAGAGACCGAUCUAUGUGGGACAGAGAGCCAGUAACUCGGGAAUAUUAUCCUAAACAGCCUUUAAGUAGAACCGAAGCUGUCAAUAAUUGGGUAUCGCCUGUGAUUAGGAAAGACGUGAGAUACAGUGAAAAUAAACCUUUGCGAAGUUAUCAACCAGUGCGUCGACCCCGUGAAAAAUUCCUUCCCGAUGAUCGACCAGACGUUUAUCCAUAUGACCAAACACCUAACAAAUUAGAACAGAUCCUAGGACGACCUGAAGCGCCAAUUAGGAAUACCAGAAAAUCAAAAAGGGGUCACGUAAAAAGUCUGGGAGAAGAAGUAACUGACAGCGGUAGUUUAGAUAAAAGUGUAUUUUUGGGUACUAUCGACGAAUCGAAAGCGCAUCCAGAGUUUAUCAUACAAGAAAGGAAUUCAUCGGAUGCUGGUAAUAAACAAACUUUAACGCCGAAACGUCAACGACAGAACCUACCUCAACUCGAUCUCAGACGAAGAAACAGCGAUCCUGCUACUAAAGCAGUAAUUUCUGAUAAUCCCGCAGGUUUGGAUGCCAGUCCUUCAAUAAAAACUAACGAUUACAAAUAUGACGUAAACGCUCUAUCUAUAGCAGGCCAUACUUUCAGAAAAAUUCCUAGAAUAUCAAAGGAUGAUCUGUGUAUGUCUUGUAAUGCCGCAAUCGAUGCUUUCUAUGCUCCCGGCUAUAAAUGUACCAACUGUAAAAAACAAUUUCACACAAAAUGUAUACAAAACAAGGUUUUCGAAAUGCCUUGUGAGCAACAACGACCGAAUGCUGAGAUUCGUUCUGGUCGCCGAAAACAUCGAAAACACUCUCGUACACCUUACGACCUUAGAAAACCUGACGAGAGUAAGUUCAGUCUUACUGGUACUUCGGAAUUUACGGAUAGAACAGAUCAAAUCAUAACUGGCGCUGAAGAACUUACUCUCAUGCAACAAUUCAUUACAGACAAAAUAAUGAAAAUGGAAUCGGUUGGUGGAAAGAAUAGCGACGUUGAUAAAUUGUUCAAACAGGCUUUGCGGGAUUUCAAAGAUAAUUUGGUGCAGAUAUACAGUAACGCAUCCAAACAUAAUAAUCUGGAAUCGUGCAAUAUUAAAUAUAAGGAUCUCAUAUUGGUGUUUAAUCAGGCAAUGGAAACAGUGUGCCAGCGGGAACAAAAAUCAAACGACGCCAAAGAUUUUCCUGUAACAAUGGGUGUCAACGCUUUCCGAGGAUUCAUGGAUGAAUUCAUGUCUUCCAGAGCGGAAGAGAAACCAUCAAAAUCUAAGCGAAAAAAAGAAAAGAAACGUAAACUCGAAAUGCAUAAACACAAUGGUCACGCUUUCCUUUUAACUAUCAUCAACAUACCUACUGCUUGCGAAAUAUGCAGUUCAUUCUUUAUGUGGCCAAUAGAGCGCGGAUUAGUAUGUCAAAGUUGCAAGAUGACGUGUCACAAAAAGUGUUAUCUUAACGCGAACCAAUGUUUGAAAGAAGCCGGUCUGCAGGGUGAGACCAAAAGAGUGUUUGGUGUGCCUUUAGUUACAUUAGUUACAGAGGACAAUAAGAUACCGUUAGUUAUAGAAAAAUUGUUGAGUACUAUCGAAUUACAUGGUCUCUAUGCUGAAGGAAUUUAUAGGAAAUCUGGAGUUAGCUCAAAAAUUAAAGAAUUGAAGAAUAAAAUGGAUGAAAAUCCAGAUGAAGUAGAAUUCGAGAAAUAUCAGGUUCACGUAUUGGCAUCGGUACUAAAAAGUUUCCUACGUGAAAUGGCCGAACCGCUCUUAACAUUCGAAUGCUACGAAAAUUUUAUCACUGCCGCUAAUCUGGAAGUUGAAAUCGAUCGUGUGACAACUCUCUACGAUAUUCUUAAAAAACUUCCCCCUCCGAAUUACGACCUAAUGGAGAGAUUGAUGUUUCAUUUGGCUAGAGUUGCUCUACACGAAGAGACAAAUCGUAUGAGUGCGGCAUCGUUAGCAAUAGUUUUCGCUCCUUGUGUUUUAAGGACUAAUAAAGUGGUACCUGCUCAAGAGAGUCUUAUAGAUAUUAGCAGUCAAACACAAUGUAUUGAAACUAUCAUCAGAGUGCAACUAAAGAAAAUUAGAAGUACAUUAGAUGAUAUAGAUACUCUUGAUACGGCAUGCCAGGCCGCUACAAAUCGUCUCUCUAGUCUUAGAAGUUCUAAGGUAUUUACCCCUGAUGAACUAAUUCCUCCUAAUCAACCAUCUCAACAACCAACUGACGAAGAAGAACAUCUCUUAGAAGAUCAUAUACAGGAAAUUCAAAAGGAAAAAGAACAUUUGACGUCAACUUUGCCAACCCUUACUCACGCUACCUCCGAUGAUGACAUGUUAUCAACAGACGGCGAUGGUAGUUUAGAUGACCUCACCUGUUUAGCCGAUAAACGUCAUAAUCAACGGCCGAUCGUACGUUCAAUCAGUACCGGCCCUAUACCGAAAUUACGUCGGCAACUCUCAACAGAGACGAAAUGUUCUGAAGACUGUCCUGACGAUCCUAUUAUGGUGUAAAAAUUGUUAUCCUAGUGUUCUUUUCUUUAUCUCCUUUUGUACAUAAUACAUUACUAAUCGAGACUAUUGAUUUUUUUUAAUUGAUGCAGCUGAAGAAUUAUGAAAAAUUUUGGUCUGGAUCAUUUACACAUGUAACAGGGCAAGUUUCGUAUGGAAUUGCCAUAUUGACAACAAUAUUUUUAAUUACAUUGUGUGUUGUCGUUGAGGAUAAAUAUUGUGAAAAUAUGAGAUAAUUUUAUAUCCACCACUUUUGAGAAUAGCUACUCAUCUUCCUAUCGGGAAUAUAGAAAUGAUUUUUGCAUUUAUAAUCUGUACUAAUAGACUGUUAACUUUUAUUAUAACUUUAUUUAUUUUUCUUAUUACACCUACUCAAAAAUAUUAUAUUUUGUGUUCUAUAACAAGGAAUAUUUUGUUAAUAAGUGGUAAUUUCUGAAAUUGCUGUUGGUUAGGUUGCUCCGCAAUUACACUGUCUGAUCCUUCGAGUCAUAAGCGACCUUUGAAAAGCUCGAAGUAUGUAUAAUAUAUUAUCAAAUUUUUAUUCUAAUCCUAAAUCUGCGACAAUUGUGUCUUCCCAAGAUUUCUUUAGGCGUUCUCUUUCUUCUCUUUUCCAUUUGUCUAGCUUGCCAAAUCCUUUUUGCCGGUCUAUUGCUCUCUAUUCUAUAAUGGUGUCCAAACCAUCUAAUUUGUUAUUUUUCAUAGGUUCUACCUUCAAGGCUUCUAUCAAUUCCUCUCUUAUUCGACAUUUUCUGGUGAUACAUGUGUCUCUGCGUAAGUACUUCAUUCCUGCUGCUUCAAUUUUGCUUUUAGCGAGUUAUUUCUUUUCUUCCUAGAAAAUUUCCGUUCAACGCAUAAUAAAGUUUGAUUAUCACGCUGAUUUUUUCAUUUACCUGAAUGUCCAUGCUUAAAUAUUUGGAACUCUUCACUUUUUACAACAGUAUUUCAUCUAUUUCGAUUUUGAGGUCUUCUUGUUUCCCCAGUACCAUUAUUUUUGUGUUCAUAAUAUUGAAAUUCCUGUUUCUCAAUUUUAAUGCCUCUUUUUAAUGUUAAUAAUUUAUAUUUCAAUUCCUUUUCAUUUUUAGCAAACAAUACAAUAUUUUCGACAAAAACUUAUUUAGAGAUUCAAACUAAUUCCAUAUUUCUGUUGAUACAUCAUCUGUUAUUAUUAUUAUGAAAACGCGCCAGAUUCAGUACUCCCUCUUUCUUAAUCCUUUUUCAGGCAUGAAAUUCUCGAAUUGGUCCUUAUUUCUCCUCGCUUGGUUCCAUGUUGUUACAUACAUACUUUUAAUAUUGUUUCUCAAAUUGACUCCCAAUUCCUCUUUGUUUUAAACUACUCCAUAUUUGAUUUCUUGGGACUUUGUCAAAUGCUUUUUGGAUGUCUAUAAACCGAGGUAUACUUUUUGAUUUGUUUUCAAUUUUUUCUAUGUUAUCUGUCUCUUUUUCUUUUCCUAAAACCCCUUUACGAUUCUUCUACGGUUGUCUAUGAUAUUUCCUUAGUAUUUUCUCUAUGAUAUUCUCUUGAGCUUUUAGUACCGUAGCAGUAGCAAUGUUAAGCCUCGAUGUACUACAUGUAAUUGUGAGAGUCAGUGUAGCGAUAAGAAAUAGUCUGUUAUGUAUAAAUAAUUUGUAGAUCCUGACCAAACCAUUUUUUCAUAUUUUAUCGGUGUCCCAUAUAAAAUAUUAAAAAAAAUGGUAGUUUACAACAUGUAUUACAUAUUUAUAUUGACAUGUAACAACAGUUGGAAACUUUUUUUUGAAUACGCAUCCUUCAACAGUAGGCAAUCAAUUGUGAUCCAAUAGACUGCACUAUUUGUAUUUGCAAACAUAAAACAUUCAGACAAUUUAGAAAGUGUUUUGAUAAUUCAAAAUCUAAUUCAAGGCGUUAUCAAAUCAAUUUUAACCAUCAAGAUGUCUCUUAAUUUUAUAUUAUUUGAAGAAAAAUAGUUAUUUCGAUAGAUCCCACCAAAUCCCACCGGAUUGUUCUGACUAUCUUGACUAAAAGAUGAAAAUCCAAUUUUUUGGAAUCUAUUUAUUGUAACAUCAAUUAAAGGAAUGUAUAAAUUACUUCUUCCUUAUAUAUUUUGCACCACCGACACACAUGAGGUGGGUGACACAUAAUUCUGUCGACAAUCCAAGAAUUAAUUACAUUUAAAUCCUUCACCUUCAAGUUUUCCAAAAUUAAUCAUAGUAAAAUUAUUAUCUUUGGAUGGGAUAAUUUUAGUGUUGCCUGAAAAAAGUACUUUAAUUUGAAAUUAGAUUUUUGAUAUUAAGGAUCGAUUGUAAAUUGUUGGUUAUGUCCUAAAUUCCAAAAAUAAUGAUAUAACAACAGAUUGAUUCUUAUUCUUGAUUACAGUAUCUAUAGAAAUGAGUUAGGUGCGUUUAGUGUAGCAUGAGGUCUUUUAAACGACAGUGUUUGUGGGUUUAUAAUAAGAAAGAUUUUCUGAAUAUUUGGCCAUACCUGGGCCUCAUUGAAGAAAUAAUGUUUUUUUCCCAAUAAUACUACUUUAUAUUUUUAUGGUACAAUUAUUGAUGACCUUAUUCGACAUUUGACAGCACAAAACUGUUAACCCUUGUUGUAGCUUACCAAAACACUUUCUAAAUGUCUUGUUUAAAUAAUCAAUCUAUCUUUUUGUGCCAACUAGGCGGAUAAAUAAAUAUAUAUAACUAUUUUUAUUAUUGUUAUUGUUGAACUUUAUAAGAUUAGAGUAUGAUUGUUUUUUCGUGAGUAUAUGUCGACAUACAGGAUGUUCUAACUAUAAAAAUUAUAUUUUUAUUGUUUGAGUCGUUCUGUAGAUUGAAGAAGUGUAUGAAAAAUUUGUUAGUUGCAAUACUCAUUCGUUUAUUCAACAAUAUAAAAUUAAAGCAAUAUUUGAUGGUAAUAACUAUACUGAGUGUUUUAGACAAAAAUUAUGGAAAUAACACUCAGCAUGUUUUACAGAAUUUCCUAUUAAUAAUGUAUAUUGUUCAAUAUUAAGGGAACCGCGGGGGGUUAAAUUAUUUAUUUAUUAUACUAUUUAUAUUGUUUAAAGCAGUGAAAUUUUCAUCUUGUUAAAAUUGCAUUUAUUUUAUUUUAACACCCCUUGUCGCUUUAAGAACUUCCCCACGAGACAAAAACCCUGUUCAGUUUCAAAUUGAAAUAUUCUUCGUGAGAUUAUUGUAAAUUGUUACAAUUAUUUAUAAAAUGUCUAUUUUUUGCUUCUAAAAGAAGGAGUCUUUAGUCACUUUUUAUAAUAAACAUUGCAAUCGGAUGUAGUAGUUAAAUACACCCAAAACGCGAAAGUUUUAACCAAAUUUAAUUUGCAACAUACACACAGCGACCUAUUUAAAAAGCAAGUUUACUAUAGAAAGAAAACUUGAAUUGAUAGAAAGCAUUUUUCAUGCUAGAAAAACCUAAGCACACUACAUUCAUAUAUAUUCAUUCAUAUGUUUUGAUAAAAAUAUUUCAAAACGUCUUAAAAACAAUAUUUUUGUAAUGGUAAUAUGUGUGACAACCUUAGCUAGUAAAUAAAUUUUCAUAUCGACAACAAAACAGUGCAGAUGGAAUAUAUUAUCAAAUUAAUCCAAACAAACUGCUUCUUUUCGAAUGAAUUUCAAAAAAUUAGGUUAUAAUUAGCUCAAAAAGACCGAAAAAACAUUUUAAUGCAUUCAAAUAUCUUUUUGCAUAAACAUCGUUUUGAUGUAAGUAAUAUGAAACUAAAUUAUAUCCUAUAUAGUAGCUAAAGAUGUCAGUUCACUAAAACAGAGUAACAUCUUCGAUACCUUAGCCCAUAAUAUGAUUUAUUCUUGUAGGGUAAGUUAGAAUGAUCAUAUUAAACUCUACAUUGUAGCAGAAUUUCAAGUAAUAUCUAUUAUUUCGUUAAUUACUUUACAGUUUUUUGUGUUUUAUUCCAAUUUCUAGUGGCUUGUCAAACAAUAUUGCCACAUUUGUAAUAAUACAAAAUUGCUGAAGGAAAAGACAAACUACAUUCAAAAGCUACUCUUGACAGAUAAAACUUCAAGAGAAUUGUAAAAUAUGAUUGCUUGAUGCAGCAUCUUAAGAAGUAUUCCUUGAAAGGCAAAGAAUUACACUCGUUGCAGAAUGUCUGCAAAGUGCUACUGAAACCCGCACUGAAUGCUUACAAAAAGAUGAUAUGACCUAAUAAUCAACCGAGUUUGAAGAUUUUAUCACAAAUAUUAUUACGUGUAAACGUUUAUCUUGGUUUGUUGUUCAAAAUUCUAUUAAAUUUUGAGAUUCAAAACGGAAAAUUCACGUACCUAACUAGUAAUAAGGUUUAUUUAUACUUUGUGCUUAGAAAUAUGUCACAUUUUUGUCAAAGAAUCUAUGUUUACUUGCAAGUAACGUCGUCAAAUAGCCAAGAAUCAAAAUUUAUUUAAUUUAUAAGAAACAUAAUUGAGUUUAAAAAAAGGGAAAUAUGAUUUUUUAUGUUAUUACCUGAUUACAAUUUGUGAAAUAGCCUGUUUACAACUAAUUUGAAGUUUAGUUUGAAUUAUUAAUUUAAAGUCUUGUUUAAAAUGAGUCGCUCUGUAUAUAUUGUGCAAAUGUCAUUUUGGAUUUAUUUGUACAGUUAGUUUUUUUUUGUAAAUAAUCGCAUUUGUGUUACUUCUACUUUUGAUACUUUUUCAUAAAGUGUGCAUUUUGUUAUUAAAAUGCAGUAUAUUUAGUCAUUUUUUUUUACAGAUCAACUUUGAAGUUAGUUAAUCUUGCUUUAUUAUAAGUUUUGUUUCAAUAAUGUUUAAUUUACUAACAUUUUUAUUCCGUAAGUUGCGUAUUUUUUCUACAUUGUAAUUUUUAUGCUAAGUAUAAAUGCCAUUCCAAAUUUUUGUCUUGAAGAGCUCAAAUGACUGCAUUCCUAAGUACCAGAUGUUCCAUUAUAUUUAUUUUAAGUCUUAUCACAAAAUUAUCUAAGUAAUCAACUUUGUUAAAUUAAUGGCUUGAAUAAAAUAUGUCUAAAGUCAUCGAAGACAAAUAAGUCAAGUGAGAAGUGAAAUACAAUGAAACAUUUCGUAUUUCUAGAGGGUGUUCAAAAUGUCCAAAGCAAGAAUCUAUAGGUUAAUUACCAAGAUUAGUUUUUCGGAUAUUUAUUUUGUGACUCUGCAAAAAACUAGUAUGUCUGAAUGAAAAUUAGGACAUUUUUUAGUCUCUCUAAUAAAUUAAUUUUUUUUACUGAUAACCAUUAUGGGGCAUUUCAGUGACUGAGUUUUUUUUCUUAUUGUAAAUGUUUGUUAAGAAAACGUUUAUAUCUAAAUUAAUAAUUAUACCAAAUGUUAACAAUAAUGACAGAAUUGUUUAUAUCAAUAUACAAACAUGAUACAUAAUUUGUAAAUAAAAAAAUAUUAAGAUCAA